AGGGCCGGCCGGCGCACACCGAGCGCGAUGAGCGAUGCGGCGCCGCGGCAGAGCGGCAACGUCGCGUAUCGCUUUCUCUCUCGCAGUAUAGCUUGGGCGUCGCUUGGGGAGGCCGCGUGUCGCCAUGAACUCGCGCAACUACCGGGAGCGGCUGAUCGACGAGGUGAAGAAGUACCCGGUGCUGUACGACACGCAGCACGAGAACCACCGCGACAUCGACGUGCGCGACCGCUGCUGGCUCGAGAUCUCCGAGCGGCUCGGCGCCAACAGUGAGGUGCUGAAGCGCGAGUGGAAGAUCCUGCGCGACUCCAUGCGGCAGGCGCUGAAGCGCAGCAAGACCGGCGCCACCACCAAGUCCGGCCUGCCCUGCAAGAAGUGGCGCUUCCAGAGCCGCAUGGCCUUCGUGCUGCCCUACAUGACCAUCCGCCGGAACCCGCGCUUCGACAAGAGCCGCGUCAAGCCGGACGAGGCGGAGGCGUCGGAGCAGGAGGGCGAGGCGGAGGCGUGGGAGCCGCCGGCGCCCGAGCACGACUCGCUGGAGCUGUUCUUCGCGAGCGUGUGCCAGAGCGCCAAGCGGCUGCCGCGCAAGCACCAGGCCGCGCUCAAGCGCCACGUGCUGGACGCGCUGCUGCGCGCCGAGGCCGACUGGGAGGCCGACCAGGCUGACUCCAAGGCCGAGCUCAACAAAGACUUCGACUGACUGCUGACACACAUUUUACACUGUUAUUAUCGUUUUAGUGCUAUAAAUAACAAAAUAAAUAGUUUUGUAUCGUCUAUAAGGA